AUGAACUCAGCAGAGACCAACACCUUCAAAAGACAAAGGAAAUCGAUGAUGUUCAGAGAUAGGACCAAUCUGUUUCUUUCUUACAGAAGAACUUUCCCUCAUAAUGCCAGGUUCAGUAUAAGGUCCAACGAUGGUAAGACGAACCCGUUUCUGGACGAGGUAGAGGAUGAAGAGGCGUUUCCCAUGGUGGAUAUGUCAGAUGCCAACAAGGGAGAUGUGUUGCCCCCCAGAUUCGUUGACCUGACGCAGGAGGUUGUCGAUAAUUUGGACCAAGUCGAAAGGUUAAUGAAGCAAUUGAACGGUUUGUACAGAAAGAACUCACUUCCGGGCUUUGAGGAUAAGUCUCAUGAUGAAAAGGAGAUCGAACAGCUGAGCUACCAGAUCAUCCAGCUGUUUCAGAGGUGCUACAAUGUUAUCAAGAAGCUGCAGCAUAUAUUCGAUAGCCAGACGAUGGAUGGCAAGCGGCUGCAACGCGGUGAACUGAUCAUACUGGAUAACAUGAGGAAGAGAUACGCUCAACAGAUCCAAUCAGAGAGUAAUAAGUUUCGAGUAUUACAGAACAAUUAUCUCAAGUUCCUGAACAAGGAUGAUUUGAAACCCAUUUUCCCCAAGAACGACGAUCCGUCGCAGUUACUGAUCGAAGAGGAAGAGACGGCCACGAAGGGUAGCCAGGAUAUUGAAGCAUACUCCAGACAAACUCUACGGCGCCAGAUGGAUAAUAAGCAGCAGACUAAUCAGAGAUUCCUCCAGGAAAGAGACGAAGAAAUUACGCAACUUGCGAAAGGUGUGCUAGAAGUGAGUACAAUCUUCAGAGAGAUGCAGAACUUGAUCAUAGAUCAGGGGACAAUAGUCGACAGGAUCGAUUACAACAUUGAAAACACGGUCAUACACUUGAAGGGGGCUAACCGAGAAUUGGACAAGGCAACACACUAUCAGAAAAGAAGCCAGAAAUGCAGGCUCAUUCUUUUACUGUCGCUGUGCGUUAUCGCUCUGUUUUUCAUCGUGAUGUUGAAGCCGCACAGUAGUGGUGGUAACCACAGCUCUUCACCAGCAACGACGAGCCCUGGAGACUCAACUACGAGGCCUGAAAACAUGGAUCCCGUGGGGGUCACUGAUGAUAAAUUACAGAAACGUUUUAUAGACAUAGUUAUCAAGUAG